AAAAUUAUUGUUAUAAUUAUUAUUAAAAUUAGUAUUAAAAUCGGAAAGGGGUUUUCAAGUGUUAACUGCAUUGUGUGAUGAUUGCCUACAAGACUUGUGGCACGUUUUGCAUUCAAAACCCUCUUGGGAACAAGUUUUUUGUAAACCAUAAAACCUGCUCAGUUUAAAUGCAUUUAGCAGCAAGGCAAAUACAGUCAAUGUCUUCUGUAAUUGAUAGCUUUUAUCUGGUAACAGUUUUGAAUUCUAUUAACAAGCACAAUGAAUGCAUUGAUCAGUAAAGCAAUUAUCUGCCACUAGUAUCGCAGAUCACAGAAUCACAUAAAUUAUCACAGAAGUAUUAUUUCAUCAGAUGGAUGUUGGAGCUACCUCGCAUACCUUAGCAGAGAAUUAAGGGUCAUAUUGCUUCAUUUUUGAAAACAUGUUUUUUCCAAAAGGCAAGCAAAAAAUCUCAUUGCCUUUCCAACAGACACACAAAAGAUGUGUGCACUCUAGCACGUUAGACUUCAGACAGUUAUUUAAAGCAAAAGUACCUCACCUGCUCAUCCUAAAGACAAGCUAUGGGUGUUCUCAUGCUAUGGGAGGAGCCAUGUGAGCAAGCAAUGAGAAGUGACGGGCUAAAAAAAUCCCUGCUGGCCCAGGCAGCUGACAGGGACCUCCCUGCUCCCAGGCUCCCCAGGCAUGGCCUUCCCCUCUCAAUGUGGUGGUGUAAUGGCACAUGAGAUGGAGGAGACAUUCAAUGACAGGAGAAGCCUGUGUCCCCAAACAAGGAGGAAAUAAGGAUCAGAUAAGGAUCAUCACUUGCUUCUCCUCCCACCUCCACUUUCUGAAGCUGGUGGCUGCAUCCCAUGCUGGGGGUGAGGGGAAGGACAUGCUGCAGAGAGGGUGUCUUCACUCUCCAACCUAUCUGCACCUGUCUGGGAGCUUUUGGCAUGCAGACUUUGCUACGGGGUGUUGAAAAUGAGCACCGAUUCAUUCCUGUUCUGCAAACUGCUGUGUUUCCAGGUCUGCUGGGGCAGCUGAGGAGAGCCAUUGCCAUGAUUCCUGCACUGCUCUUGCUGGGCCUUAUGGCCCUUGUUGCUCCAUCCAUGAGUUACAGUUGCUAUGGUGAUAUAAGUGCUCUUCAAGCCCCACUGGUCCCCUGUACAGCUGUAAGAGCCUCGGAUUGUGGACUUGCCCUGGUACGGAGCUCUGUUGAAGCAGACAUCAUACGCCUGAGGAAAUACGAGAUCCCGAUUAAGAGAGUAGCCAGAAACCUGUGUUUGGAGCCAGCACUCAUUGCUGGCAUCAUCUCGCAAGAAAGCCGUGUUGGUCUGCUCCUAGACAACGGCUGGGAUCAGGAACGGCACAAGUACGGCUUGAUGCAGCUUGGUGUGCAUCAACAGCCUUUUGGACUGUGGGAUAGUGAAGAACAUAUAAAUCAGUGCUCAACUAUUCUGGUUCUUUCAAUUAAUGAAGUACGGGCAAGACAUCCUACCUGGACGUGGGACCAGCAGCUGAGAGUGAAAUAGCUGUCAGGUGGACAAAUAAGGUGCAAAGCAGCCAAACAAAAGCCACUGGGGAAGGCAGAAAUUGAGGUAUCGCAACGUAACAGAUUGAUUGUGGCAUGCUGUUAACUUGUGUGAAGGAAGCUUGGGAUCCAGGUCUGCCUGCAGUCCAUGUUAUCUGUGUGCUGGUUUGUUCACCCUGCACUAUUUCCUAAUUUGCCAUCCUUGUUCUGCCACUACCUUUUUUUGAUUACACCCUUUUCUAGGACCACCAUGCCAUUCCCACUUUCAUUUGGAGAGAGUCAUGGGUUCCUUCAGUAUCAAAAUAAGGAUUUUACAGAACUAGUCACUUUUCAACCAUAAUGCAGAAUGAGCGAUUUCCCAAGCAGUUGUGUUGGCUUGGUGAGAUGCAUGGCCCUUUUAACUAGGAAAUUUUACCUUUUAAUCUUUGUUUCUUACUUCUAAGCCUGUAACAACAACUUAUUAACUUU